AUGGCGAGUGCUGUACGGGUCUCAUUUGCGCUUGCAUCUCUUAGUCUUGGGACAUAUGUUGCAAGCCACUCUGCAUCGUCGUUUUCAUAUGCCCGAGCCUCCAUAUACGCAUUGCUGUUUUAUGUUCCAUUUCACAUAACAUGGGGCCUUUUCCUGUACCCUCUCUAUUUCAGUCCCCUUCUAGCCUUACCGCAGGCACCACGUGAGGGUGGAUGGAAAUCUUUCUUCAAGCCCCGAAAUUCGAGAGAGGUGCUUAAUUGGAUGGAGACAAUUCCGAAUGAUGGACUCAUCCGCUAUCUUGAUGUAUUCAACACAGAGAUGGUCGCUGUAACAACUCCAAGAGGGGCUGCCGAGUUCCUGCAAGUUAAAGCGGACCAAUAUGUCAAGAAUCCAAAAAUCAGGCGGAUAAUGGAGAAUAUCUUGGGCAAUGGCCUUGUGGUAUCAGAGGGGAUGGAUCAUAAGUAUCAACGAAAACAUUUAUUGCCAGCCUUCAACGUCAAAGCUAUCAAAAGUGUUUACCCGCUAUUCUGGACCAAAGCUUCCGAGAUGGUCACUCUAAUCAAGCGCGAAGUGGAGACCGGACCCAAAGCUGAGAAAGCCUCUGCAUCAGUCAACAUCGAUGACUGGGCUGGUCGUAUUUCUUUGGAUAUUAUCGGGCAAGCGGGUUUUGGCUCGGAAUUCUCGUCCCUGUCAAACCCUCAUACAGCGCUCAAUACUUCUUACCGGGCGGCAUUCGUGGCGAACGAAAAUUCGCAACUGAUAUUCGUCCUCUCGUUUUUGACAACUCCGAAAUUGGUCAAUCUGCUACCUGGGAAGAAUAGCGCGUUAUUUCGUGAAGGCAAGAGAGCCGUGACAGAUUGGGUCCGAAACCUACUUCAAGAAAGGAAGGCGGACAUGGAUAAACAUGUUGAUGACUUGGAUUGGAUGGAUAAGAAUGGUCAGAACGACAUUAUCGCAGCUGCUAUGAAGACGAAGGCUUUCAGCACCGAGGACCUAGUGCAUCAAUCAAAAACUCUCCUAGGUGCUGGACAUGAAACAUCUGCUACCGCCGUAACCUGGGGAAUAUACCUCCUCUCUCAGCCUCGCUAUUCUCACAUUCAAGAACGUCUUCGCGCCGAAAUUCGAGCCAACCUACCUAGUCCAUCAUCAGGAAUGGAGGUAACAGCAGAAGUUCUCGACAAGCUUCCAUACCUCGAUGCAGUGAGCAAGGAGAUCAUGCGAGUUUACUCACCUGUGCCUCUUCUUGGACGUGUAGCUCAGAAAGACACUGAUCUUCUUGGUGCAACUAUUCCAAAAGGUACUCCAGUUCGACUGCACAUGUGGGCAAUGAAUCAAGCGAAGCAGUUCUGGGGUGAAGAUGCACAUGAGUUUAAUCCAGAGCGGUGGCUUGUGGGCAAGGAGAAGGCGCUUGGGGGUGCAACAGAUAGUCUGGCGUAUCUGACUUUUGGGCAUGGGCCUAGAGGAUGUAUAGGAAGAGGAUUUGCGAUUGGGGAGAAUAAAGUUAUUCUGGCGGCUUUAAUUGGAAGUUUUGAUUUCAAGCCCGUACCUGGGACAAACCCGGAUGCUAUCAACAUCCUUUGGGGAAUUACAGUAAGAAUCAUUGGAGGGUACGAUGUGCAGACUACCGUGGUUGAAGGCUGGUAG